AUUUUUUUUUUUCUUUCCCCCAGUGCGAGGAAAGGGGGUUUGUUUGGGGUUUGUUUUGUUUGUGCGGCUCCGCUCGUCUCCCGCUCGUUCUCUCCGUCUCGCCGUGGGUUUUGGGGAACUUUUAAUUUGUCUCUUUUUUGUUUGGUUGGUUUGGUUUUGGGUUUUUUUGUUGUUGGUUUGGUUUGGUUUUUUUGGUGGUUGGUUCCCCCUGCCCCUCCGUCAAGUGCUCCUCCAGCCUCCUUCUUCUCUCUCCCCGGCCAUCCCUCUCCAUGCGCCGGGGGCAGCGGGAAGCUCCGCGGCGCGCACCCGGCAGCUGAUCUGCGGAGCGGCUCUUCUCCCUCCCCGGGCAGGAUGUACACGUCCGGGCUGGCUCCUUUCUACGCUUCCAACAUCAGCUUGUGGUCAGCGGCGUACUGCUCAGCAUCGGGGCCGGCAGCUGGCGGCUGCUUCCCUCUGGACGCCGCGGCGGCGAAGAAACCUUCUUUCUGCAUCGCCGACAUCCUCCACGCCGGGGGCGAGGCGGCGGGAGGACCCGCCGACAGCCUGCCCGGAGGUCCCGGCACCGGAAUGCCGGCGGCUUUGGGAGCCGUCCAUCACGGCGGCCCCUUCCACCUUACUGCCUCGCCGCUGCGGCCCACGCCCGUCGUGGCCCCCGAUGCCCCCGCCACCGCCUUCCCGCCGCGCCUCUCGCCGCUCUCCGCCGCUUACCACUCCCACCACCACCGCCCCCCGCAGCACCGGGUCCCUGCGGCGGCGGCAGCGGCGGGGGGCGGCGGAGGCGGCCCGGCCCCCGCCCGGCUGCCGGGCGGCCACACUCAGGGCUCGGCGCCAGCGCCCGCCAGCAAGGACCUGAAAUUCGGCAUCGACCGGAUUUUAUCGGCGGAGUUUGACCCCAAAGUCAAGGAAGGCAACACGCUGAGAGAUCUGACCUCCUUAUUAACUACCAGCCGCCAAACUGGGGUUCAUCUCCCCAACUUGCAGCCUUCCGCCAGCCAGUUCUUCGCGUCUCUAGAUCCCAUUAACGAGGCCUCUGCUAUUCUGGGUCCCUUAAACACAAACCCAAGGAGCUCAGUUCAGCACCAGUUUCAAGACACUUUUCCAGGUCCGUAUGCAGUUUUAACCAAGGACACGCUGCCCCAGACGUACAAGAGGAAACGCUCCUGGUCCAGGGCUGUUUUUUCCAACCUGCAGAGAAAAGGUUUAGAAAAACGUUUCGAAAUCCAGAAAUACGUCACCAAACCAGACAGAAAGCAACUGGCGGCGAUGCUGGGGCUGACAGAUGCUCAAGUGAAGGUCUGGUUCCAGAACCGGCGGAUGAAGUGGCGGCACUCGAAGGAGGCACAGGCCCAGAAGGACAAGGAGCCGCCGCCGGAGCCAGAACCAGAGCCGGAGCCGGCGGCCCAACGAGACGGCGAGCCGCCUGCCGCCGCCGGGGAGCCCGAGCGCAGCCCCAGCCGCUCCGAGGGCGACAGCGACAGCAGCGACGCCGACUCCCUCUACAUGGCCCCCAGCGACACGGAACGGACUGAAGGCGCCGAGCGGAGCCUUCCCUCCGCCGGGGUCGGCAAAUCCUCCAACAGCACCACCGGCCUCCCCUCUCCGCCGCCCGCCGCCCCAAGCCCCGAGCCGCGGAGUGGCCUAUAGACGGGGCCGCCCCGACGCACCCGGGACCUGCGCGGUGACUUAUCUCCUUUUCUCUGUCCCGGGAGCCCGGCAAGGGCGGCCUGGCACAGGCCCGGGGCAAGGAGUCGAGGAGGUGAGAGGAACAGGGAGCUGUAUCCCUGGGACGGCUGUGCGGGAGACGGCCGCCUUUCCCUUCGCGCUGCUCGCAGAAGAGCGGGAUCUCUAUAAUUUUUUGUAUUUUAUUUUAUUUUAUUUUUAUUUUUUUAAGUUUUAUUUUAUUUUCUGUCUCCCGUCCCUUGUCCUCUCCAGGAAAAUCUGAGCGAGGGUCUCCGAGAAAAGGCCCCGAAAUCCUUCUCUUCCCACCUUCCCCACAAACCAAUUUACAAUGUGAAGUAUUUUGCCAACGUCCUCAUUGGUUGCAACUUGUUACUCCGAAUAAUCUGGCCAAGAAAUACUGCACUGACAAAAUA